AUGCUACAUUCCUUAGGAGCUUUAGCCGAGUUGGAGAAAUUCGAUUCUCUACGUGACUUUUUCACUGAAGCCAACUUCUCUGCUAUUGAAAAUAUGCUUAAUCGAUGGAAUGAUAAUCGAGGCAAUGUAGUAUUAUCAAUUCUUGUACAUCUUCUCAACUGUCUUGAAACUGUAAAUCCACUACAUGAAAAACUAUGGAAAUCUUCGAAUAACGUGAUUCUCGAAUUUCUCUUGAAUCACUCAAUUACUGCCAAUACUCUCCAUCUCGGCAAAACGAAGCACGUGCUGAAAACAUCAAAAGGAAGCGGACAAAUUUUUUGGGCACUUCUCACUAUCAAAAAUGUUUACCCAGAAAGCGAAGAGUUUAGACGGGAUAUUCAAGAAUCUGAGAUUUUACACCACAUUCGGUCUGUUCAAUGUGAUUCAAUGGAUGUAAUGUUGCUGAAGAAAGAAGUUAUUAAUUUAUUCAACUAA